CAUUGAUUCACGUUGAAAGCGUGGAUCACACCAGAAAUGACUACAUAUUCCAAAAAAACAUUUUGUCCCUGGCCGGGUGCCGUGUUUUCAAAAUACACGGAGUUAGCCGAUUACUUUUAUUUGUUUUAAAAAUUGUUAAUAACUGUUCCAGAGGUAAUUAAAAGUAAGUACUGUACAGUUGAGUUCAAAAUCGUGUGCCAUUCAAGUAGCUAAAGAUGUAGCUAGUUAGCUAAGCUGAAAUUGAUAGAAUUACGAAUUUCUGACAAAUUCUUAAUUCUAUCAAUUUCGGGUUCGCUAGCUACAUCUUUAGUUACUUGAAUGGUUUUGACAUUAGUUGAGAUCUCGACUGAAUUUCUGCAAACCUUAUCAAUUUGCACCAAAUCCUCGAUAUUGACAGCUAACUAACGGUAGCUAACAUUAGCUCACCGACACAGUCAGCUUGUUUCUAACGCCUGCUUCAUAACUUGCUGCCAUCGACACCAAAAGAUCAAGUGCCAGGUUUACCCAGAAUGUAGUUGUAUACAGUAACUAGUUAGUUACCGUAAAAUAAAGAUUGGAAUAACGUUUGCUAACUAAAAUCUUAUGCAGAUCACUAAACAUGGUUAACGUUAGCUGCAAAUGAUUGGCAGUGUGCUAACUAACUAGCUAUGUUCAAUGUUGUAAUUGUGCGGUCUGUCUCGGCAGUAUAGUAACGUUAAGCAUGAGGAUGAGGAACCUCUGGACCAAAGCAGGUGUUCUGGGCUCGGUGUCCAUGGCGUUUGGAUCCAUGUUCUGGUCUCAUAAGAAGACAGAACCAACUCAGACGGAUUCGGGUUCGGCCCCCGCAUGCACGGAACCACCUUUUCCUUACGAGCUCAAACUCGUGCAAGUCCUGUUCCGCCACGGAGCACGAACUCCGCUGAAGUCUAUACCAGAUGUCAUGGAGGUGAGAGACCACCUGUGUCACGCAAAAGCAUCUGACAGACUGGAUGCUCUGUUUCCCAGGACUUGAAGUUGAGGGAAAGUCAUUCAUCUUAGCCUGAUCGCCAAGACAAGACAUAUGAAGGUAUGUUCACCAGCAUCUGGAAGUAUAACUGCUUUCCUUGUCUCUUGUCCUGUCUGUAUCAGGCCCAGUGGGUGCCUAACCUGCUGGAACCCCCAGCACACACACAGAUCAACUAUGUGGUGACAGACCUGGAAGGAGGUCCACGGCCCUCCUCACCGGUGGAGGACAGCUACCGGGCCAACAUACUGACCGUGAGUGUGUCUGUGUCUGUGAGCGAGUAGAGGAAGUAGUGCCUAGAGAGAUAGGGAAAGGAGUAGGCACCGCUUUGAUAAGUACGGUUAAUGGGUUUAAGUUGUCACAUAGGUGUGCUGGCAUGGACUCCAUCCAGACAUAUGUCACUUACUGGGUUACUCACAGCCAGCUGUCAACCAAUAGGAUUUCCCUCUCCAGGCCAGUAACAUCACACACCACACUGGAACGACAUGUCAGGAUAAAAAUUAUAGUUUCCCAUUAAAUCUAUUAGUGGUCUCUGAGGUUAGGGGUCACCAUAAAGCAGGAUUUAGCACCCUGAGAGACCUGCUCCUGAGGCUUAGGCCGGUGGCUGUAUUUCAGAUUAAAGGCCCAUUUAAGUGAAAGAACAAUCUAUGGUUCACUCUGAAGCAGCUCUGACUGUUGUUAUGGUCUGGGCCUGGCACUGAGGGAACGAACAGAUAACGAAUGAGCAUAUACCGAGAGGUUUGUCCGUCACUCAGCGAGAGAUUGCUGCGAGACUCUUCGGGGGAUCGUGUCUGUCUCACGGUGCACCUGGCAUACCACAAUACUACUCCGUCAGUACCCAAUGGAUAGACACAGAUGAUGCCAUUUAGGAUUGACUGCCUUGGCAACCUUUGACCCCUGACCCUGUCCCUCUCCCCUGUAGGGGGGUACGUACCCAGGUCAGCUGACCACGGUGGGCAUGCAGCAGCUGUAUGAGCUGGGAGAGAGGCUGAGGAAGAGGUACAUCCAGGCCACAGCCUUCCUCAACCCCACCUUCAGCCCUACAGAGGUUUAGUAAGUACUACAGCCUUCCUCAACCCUACCUUCAGCCCUUCAGAGGUUUAGUAAGUACCACGGCCUUCCUCAACCCCACCUUCAGCCCUACAGAGGUUUAGUAAGUACUACAGCCUUCCUCAACCCCACCUUCAGCCCUACAGAGGUUUAGAAAGUACUACAGCCUUCCUCAACCCCACCUUCAGCCCUACAGAGGUUUAGUAAGUACCACGGCCUUCCUCAACCCUAACUUCAGCCCUACAGAGGUUUAGUAAGUACCACAGCCUUCCUCAACCCCACCUUCAGCCCUACAGAGGUUUAGUAAGUACCACAGCCUUCCUCAACCCCACCUUCAGCCCUACAGAGGUUUAGAAAGUACUACAGCCUUCCUCAACCCCACCUUCAGCCCUACAGAGGUUUAGUAAGUACCACGGCCUUCCUCAACCCUACCUUCAGCCCUACAGAGGUUUAGUAAGUACCACAGCCUUCCUCAACCCCACCUUCAGCCCUACAGAGGUUUAGUAAGUACCACUGCCUUCCUCAACCCCACCUUCAGCCCUACAGAGGUUUAGUAAGUACAGACACAUCAUGUGAUCAUCACCCGUAGCCUGGUAGUCACAUCUGGUUCUGUAGCCAACUCCCGCUUUGUUUUGCUUGACAACGUUAAAGGCUGUAGCAGAUAUCUGGGCCCCAGAUUAGGUAAAAUAUAAUGUACUGUUAUUACUUUAUGGAUCUAAUAAGGAAGACACUGAAUACAAGGAUGUAAACAUGAGCUUUGCAUUUACUAAAGUAAUUAGCAAUGCCAUAAUUACAUUGCUCAUACACUACGCAUGACUAUAGGCGCUCAGUCCAUAAACGGGACAUGAGUAGUUAACAGAACAAGAACAUACCGUACAGGUUGUUAACUGAUUAUAGUAAAGUAUGGGGCGGCAGGUAGCUUAGUGGUUAAGAGCGUUGUACCAGUAACCGAAAGGUCGCUGGUUCUAAUCCCCAAGCCGACUAGGUGAAAAAUCUGUCGAUGUGCCCUUGAGCAAGGCACUUAACCCUAAUUGCUCCUGUAAGUCGCUCUGGAUAAGAGCGUCUGCUAAAUGACCUAUUUAUUUAUUUAUUUACACUCCUACUACAACACGAUUGUAAGAUCUGUGACACAGUACAUGUAGCCUACAAGACAUUUAUAUAUUCUUCUCUCUCUCCCCCAGUGUGCGUUCCACUAACAUUGUGAGAACUAUAGAGUCUGCCAAGUGCCUGGUGGCAGGGCUGUUCCAUCAAAGCCAGAGCGGUAGGUGUCAGCGUUUGUGUGUGUCAUAGACCAGUAUUUCAUAUCUCCUAAUGUUGCGUCCCCUCUCCUCUUCUGAAGACAUGGUUCCCAUUCUGACAACUGAGGCAGAGUCAGAGAUCCUGUACCCUAACUACCACGGAUGCAGACUGCUCAAACUCCUCAGUGGGUGAGUGACUGUCUGGGACCCUUUCUUGUUGUUUUUUGUGAUUGGCUGGAUCCCUCUCUCGUUGAUUUUUAUGAUUGGAUGUUUCUCUCGUGUUGAUUUUUGUGAUUGGCUGUGUCUGUGUGUGCUGUAGUCAUCGCUGGGCGGCAUCAUCCACUCUGCCAGACAUUGCUGCGGACCUGAGGAGCAUCAAGAGUGCUCUGGGCAUCGCUGCCCACCAACGGGUUGACUUCAUCCUCAUCAGGGACGACAUGGUGGCGAGAGAGGUGACACAAUACAACAAAAAUACAGUACCAUGACUAAAAAAUAUAAUUUUGUUACCAAAGUUGAUUAAGUGGUCAAAAGAUAUGUGAUACUGUCACUGUGUUGCAUUGACAUUUAACAUUACAAUAUGUGUGUUAUAACAGACCCAUGGCCUACCCUGCCCACCAGUCCUGGACUCCUGGAGGAACACAGUGGAGCAGAGAGCUGUGGAGAUGAUCUACCACAUCUACGAACCCAGCAAGAGGUCAGGGGUCAAAGGGCAGAGGGAUUUAAAUAAAGAUCAGCAUGUGUAGAGGGUCGGGGAGUAGAACACAGAGACAAUACAGUUCCCUGUUCCAUGAGCAUAUGCUUCCUUAUUCCACAUUCUGAAAUCAGUGCAUUAAAAAAUCACCCAAGACAGUUGUUUUCUUAAUCUUCUCUGGGGUUUGUUUGUUGUGACUAGGGAGAACCUGCAGCUGUGUGUGGGUCCCCUCCUGCAUACUCUGAUGGACAACAUAGAAGACAAAUUACAGGACACAACCUCAGAGCCCAACAGGUGAGCUACUGUAACAUUUACCUGUCCAUUAGAACACACACACAGAGCCAGUAGUAUAGAUUUGUAGAGCUGCAGUUCUCAACCCAACCACUUGAUCAUAGCAAAUGUCCUUUUCCGAAUGGCACAUUCUUAGAACGUUUCGUUCCCCACCCCUACUCGUUGCUAAACAUCAGAAAUCUGAGGGCAUUUAUGCAUAUGUUUUUCUCUCUCAGGAAGCUGUUCCUGUACUCUGCCCACGACACCACUCUGAUACCCUGUCUCAUGGCUCUGGGGAUUUUUGACAUGCGAUGGCCACCGUACGCUGCAGACAUCACCCUGGAGCUGCACCAGCACCGGCAGACCAAAGAGGCCUUUGUCAAAGUGUCAUACAUUGGCCAGGUAGGCUAGGAAGGAUGCAGGGCUUACAAAAGUGUGCACAUAUUGAAACAAUUUCCGUACUGUUUCUCUCUGAGAAAGUCAGAGAUCUGUUUGUUUGUGUGUGUAUAGCUAGGUUUUCAUCCAAUGGCGAAGGUGCAUAAAGAUGGAGCAAUGACAUCAUUGUUUUUAGCACUACCCACAGAGUUCUUAAACUACGGCGUGGUCCAAUGUGCCAGUAAAUCAGCACAAUCACAUUUUUCUAAAUGCCGCUGUCUUGGAGCUAUAAUUGGGAUCAUGUAUACUGUGCUAAUGCCAAUACAAAAAAAGAGUAAUGGAGAGCAUUGUACAAUACGGUGAACUGAGCAAACGAGGCAUAUGUGGUAAGUACAUGGGGGCCACCAUCUUUAUGCACCUUCGUUAUUGGCAACAGAUUUUCAUGUGAAUAUUCUAAAAUCCGCUUAAAGAAAAUAUGUGCAUUUUCCCACCAAACUGACUUGUUGCGGAGUGAUGAUGUAAUGCACACAAUGUUCUUUUUUCUUUUCAGUUUAAAUCUAAAGUUCAAUGUGUUUCCAUCGCAUUUUCAACUCUAAAACUGUUGCGUUAAAUAGCAAAUGUGCCAACUCUGCUCUUGGCACAUGCGCUCUAGCCAUCAGCUCACAGAUACUGUGCGGGCAGGCUAGUCUACAUGAUGAGAUUAUUAUGGAUAAUAUUUAUAUUUCGAUCAUCAUGUCACCAGAAUAAGAUCCUCGAUAUUUAUUGGAAAGGAGCAUCAAGCUCAUCACUGUGCACUUUCACCACCCUGUGAAGUUCAUCAAUUUAUUUAAUCUGUAGCCUAAUAAACUGCAUGGUUUCCCGAGUCAUAGUUUUCACCGCCAUUUAUCGCAUAAUAUAUUUUACCGACACAAAAAGUUCCCACCAUGUCGAACGAACAAAUUAUCUAUCUGCAUUUAUAAAAUUGUACCGAAAGGUCCUGUUUCCAUCACAGUUGUCAUGAUAAUUUUUUUUAUACGGUAUGACUUUACUCGCGUAAAGACUGUGGAUGGAAACGUGGUUAGUCUUUCUUACACGUUCUUGAUUCUGAUCUGUGUCUGUAGGACCAGUUGAUUCCAGGCUGUAAUGGAGUCUACUGCCCCCUGCAGGAGUUCAAGCAGGCCCUCUCCAACUACUCACUGACCUCUGAACUCUACGAGUCACUCUGCAACCACACAGAGGGCGUGGCUGACCCC